UUGCUGAAUGAUUUCUUACCAGUAAGAGUUGUCAGUUGCUUAUAAAUUUAUAUUUUGUUACAUUGUGACGAUGUCUCUCAAUACUAUGCUUAUUUUAUUUAUCAUAUUUCACUGUACAUCCUUAUUAGAAUCGAAAGAAUAUCGCUACGACUAUAAAUAUAUUGAUGAAAUUAAUGGUUGGAUAAAAAUACAUUUGUUUCCCGCAAAAUGGCAAGAAGCUCGCCUCCGGUGUCAAUUUGAAGGUGCAGCGCUGGCGUCACCAGAGACUCUUGAGUUAGCGUUGACCUUAAGAUCAAUAGCGUCAGAGUUUUUCCCGUGUGGCGUGUUCACGGGAGUCCACGCCACCUUCUCACCGGGAGACUACUUCUCUGUCGAAGGGACACCUAUUGCAAGAAUGCCUAUCAAAUGGGCACCCAAUGAACCUGACAAUUACGAGGGCAAAGAAGAUUGUAUAAUCCUGCAAGGUAACGGUACUGCCGCUGAUGUUAAAUGCACGGAACUGUAUCCUUAUGUGUGCUAUAGAAGUCGAGUCAAAAACCCAGUAAUAUUGAAUGAAUGCGGCACUGUUGAUCCGGGAUACAGUUACGAAGCAAGAACCGGCUCCUGCUACAAGUUCCACAAUGUGGGCAGGACUUGGUCACGGGCGUUCAUGGCGUGCGCGGCCGAGGGGGGCUACCUCACUAUCGUCAAUAGCAACGUGGAAGCGACCGUGCUUGCCGAGAUAUUCGCCAAACAUCCCGAAUCGCAAAUCAUGGCCACUAUAAGACACGUAUUACAUAUAGGUUUCCACAGCUGGGGAGAGAUUGGUGAUUGGAAGACCAUCCAUGGACAACCUAUAGAAGCGGCGGGCUACUCGAAGUUCGAGAAUGGUCAGCCUGAUUCCCCGCAUGUGACGAUGUGCGGUGGCAUGUUUAAGAGCGGAGGCCUAGACGACUUUUCGUGCGAGCAUACAGCGCCAUUUAUCUGCGAAAAAUCCCCAGAUAGCCUGUACGAAAAUACGAAGAGAUUAGGAUGAACUACUUCUUAAUUUGGAAAACAUUAUUUACCUACUGUAACAUUGCUUACAAAUGUUUGCUUACAAUUGAUCAUUAAAAAAAGUAAUAGAUAAAUU